CAUACUCAUAGACGACUUCGUAUGACUGGUGGUGGUGAGGUGAUUAUGUAGAAAGGACUUAAGUUUAUUAAAAUUCAGUUCAGUAAUCACUAUUCUUGCUUGGUAGGCUGAAUCCUUGUGUGAAGUGUAUUGGUCGUUAUUGUCGCAUAUUAUGAUAGCAGAAUAAAUAGUAAUAUGACUUGUGUCCAAAAAAGCUAUGAGAAUAUAAAAAAACUAGCAAUAGAAAAGUACAACAGAGAUUGCCCUGUUCCUAUCAGCAUCCUCAAGGAACCCUAUAGAUACUGCAUUGAUUCACCGAGAGCAUUUAGCCAAAUCAAUGACUUUAAUUCUUUAAUAUAUGUUUUAGAAAAAAGAAGUGUUAUAAGUCCUGCGGACAUUGGAGCUUUCGUCAGUUUCUAUCGUAUACUUUCAUUGAAUGAGAACGUAUUAAAUGAACAUAAAGAACUAUUCUCUUUAUUUAAUCGACAAUGGAUUGCUUUAAACAGAUAUGAUGGUGAACAAGGGCCGGAAGUGCCUGAUUAUGAAUUGUCAGAUCAUCUGAUGCACUAUGUUAAUGGUGUACCUACACAAGGAAAUGAUACAACGCAUAGGCCUAGACAUAGACCACAAGUUCUCUCUGAAGCAGUGGUGGAUACAGUUUGCUGUCAUGUAGGUGGUUCCUGGAAAAGUCUUGCUCGAAUUUUAGGCACUACAAUAGAAUCCAGAAUAAAUGAAAUAUUAGAUAACCGAAACAUUACAAACAACAAGGACCGAGCGAGAUUGAUAAUGAAUGAAUUUCAGGAAAAAGCAGAGCCUUCAGAAAUUAAAGUUAAACUGCUACGUGCUUUAAGAUUGUUGGAUAUGAUAAGACUCCACGACAAAGUUGAAGAGAUGUUUUUGAAUGAACAAUAAUUUAUUUUUGAUACUAUGUAUUUUACAAUAUUGUUUAUAGAUUACAAUUGUAUACAAGUAACACAGUUUUGUAGAAAGCUAAUAUGGCUAUGUGAUUGUUGGAUAAGAAAAAAAUACAGAAAAUUACCUGUGGAAAUUGAAUUGUAAGAUUAUUGUCAUGACAUCAUUCAUGCAUAUUUAUACAUACUGUUGAAUAAAGAGAGUUUGAAUUGAA